AUGCAUUCAGUACCGGUUGGCGUUUCAUUCGAUCGUAGUGACCGUUGGAAGGCAGUUAGUUUACCGAACAAAAUGGCCUCGUACAAGGUUGAGCAGUUGCCGUCACCGUUGUCCGUGCUUGGGGAAGGACCUCAUUGGGAUGUGGAACGACAGAGUCUGUACUACAACGAUAUCUACGGAGGAUCAAUCCAUCGUUACGAUUAUGCUGAGAAUAAGACGUACAACGCCACUGUUGAUGGGUUCCCGGUGAUUUCGUUUAUUAUUCCGGUCAAGGGUAACGAUCGACACUUCAUCAUCGGUACAGAUCGGAAGGUGACACUUGUGGACUGGGAUGGCCGUUCGGCGAAGGCAACCUUUGUCCGCACUGUCGGCGCAGUUGAACCGUCCAUGGAGGAUAACCGUUUCAACGAUGCGAAGGUGGACAGCAAGGGUCGCUUCUAUGGAGGUACCAUGCGCCUCGAGGCUAAGGGUGACAUCUUCGAGAUGCGCCUCGGUACAUUCUACCGGUACGAUGCCAACCGGGGUGAGUUUGUGGCACUGAAGAAGCAGAUCGGUGUCUCGAACGGAUUGUGCUGGAACGAGACCGGAAAUCUGUUCUACUACAUCGAUUCCUGCGAUCUGGACGUUAAGGAGUACCGGGUGGAUGAAAAUGGAGAUUUGUCCGGUGAGCGUGUUGUUAUUGACUUCCGUGUUGAUGGCGAAAAACCUUCGUUCGUACCGGACGGUAUGACCAUCGAUGCGAACGGUUCACUGUACGUUGCUACCUUUGGCGGAUCCACCGUUUACAAGGUGAACUCGAGAACGGGCAAGGUUGAGCUGGAGAUCAAGUUGCCUUGCGAGCAGGUUACUUCAGCUGCAUUCGGAGGACCCAACUUGGACAUUCUGUACGUGACGACGGCCGCCAAGGAGUUCAAAACGCCACAACCUGCCCCGGCCGGUGCUUUGUUUGCCGUGACUGGACUUGGUGUGAAGGGAACUCCAAUGUAUCCGGUUGAUUUGAGUUAG